CUGAAGACGCAGCCAUGGAGGCCAAGGUAUUACUGCUCUGUGUGGCAGUCUCUCUGCUGAACUGUCCCAUCUGGUCAUGCCCUGUUGGCACAGAAUUUGUUACAGUCUUCAUGAGCAAUUACUUGGCCAAUAUGGAUAAAACCAACUUUGAACUUGCCAUUACUGCCUAUACUUCUGUGGCCAAUGUCCGGGUUGAAAUGAAGAGCGACAAAUUCAUCAAAGAGGUUCAGGUGAAUAAAGGCCAAACCAUCCGGGUUUCUCUGCCCACAACUGCAGAAAAUGUGAAUGCUGGGAGAUCCACCAAAACUGUGAUAAUUACUUCAGAUAAUCCAGUAUCGGUGGUCUCAUUUAACAGCAAAUUAAAAACUGGAGAUGGCAGUGUGAUCUUCCCUACUGAAGAUCUGGGAUCUGAAUAUGUAGUGUUCACGCCAAAUACAGGCCAAUUGGGCAUGAACAAACUAGCGGCUAUCAUAAAUGGCAAACAGAGCAAUACAGUAGACAUCUACCCUAAGCGAGCAAUCAAAAUUGAAGGAGUAGAAUACAAUAGUGGAAGUAAAGUAACCAUCACUUUGUCUCCGUAUGAAACAUUCCAGCUUGCAGCUGGGUGUACCUUGACUGGAACUCGUAUUGUGGCCAAUAGUCCCGUAGCAGUAUUAGCAGGUCAUCAGUGCUCACUUCGAAACACAUUCUGCAACCACGUCUAUGAACAGUUGAUACCAGUUUCAAGAUUUUCAACACAGUUCAUGGUUGCUCCCCUUAACGAAGAUCCUUCAGGAGACUUGGUUCACGUGGUGGCUGCUGAAGACAACACUUUGGUCACAUUCUCCUCUGGAGCCACCAUCCAGGCAAAGACACUUAACGCUGGAGAAGUCAUGGACACGUGCAUUAGCAAAGCUACGUCCAUGGGUAUCUCAACAUCUAAAAAAGUGAUGGUUAUGUAUUAUGGUGGAGGAGGAAAGUUUGACCCCUAUUUAGUCAACAUCAUACCAAAUACUGCAUUCUCACAAAACUGGGCAGUAGAUACUCAAGAGACCUUUGAUAAUAGAGUAGUUAUCAUUGUCAAGAAAGAUGGUAGUGGUUAUGUUUCCCUGAAUAACCAAAAAAUCCCUGAUAAUACCCUCUGGCAAAGGUUUGACAAAAAUCCAGAUUUUAUGUGGAGUGAAGUGUCACUUGGCACUCAAGGGGGUCAUUUUAGCAUUAGCAGCAACUUUUUGAUGGCCGUUUAUGUCUAUGGCGUCAAAGAUCAUGAUGGCUAUGGAACAAGUGGAGCCUGCUCUUCUGCCAUAGAUCCUUGUAGUUCAAUUAAAUGUCGAGAAAAGGAAAAGUGUGAUAAAGGAGUCUGCAUACCUCUAUCCAAGGCUACCUGCUGGGCUGUCGGUGAUCCUCAUUACAAAACCUUUGAUGGCAAAACAUUUGAUUUCCAAGGCACCUGCACUUACACUCUGGCUAAAAGCAACGAAAAAGAUACUUCUAUAGUGGCAUUCUCUGUGACUGUGAAGAAUGAAAAUCGCGGCAGCACUAAAGUGUCUUUUGUCAAAACAGUGAAUGUGAAUAUUUACGGCCAAACCAUCACAAUUACAAAAAUGGAAAAAGGCACAAUCCGGGUAAACGGUGUGACUUCAAAUCUGCCAGUCACAUUGCAGAAUGGCCAGCUCCGUGUUUAUCGCAGUGGGAUCUCAGCUUUUGUAGAUACAGCUGUUGGAAUUCAGGUGUCGUUUGACUGGGAAAUGUCUUUUGCCCUCACUAUCCCCAGCACUUAUUUCAAUAGUGUCAGUGGGCUUUGUGGAAACUACAAUGACAACAAGGAUGAUGACCUAAUGAACCCAGAUGGAAGCACAGCUUCAAGUGUCUUGGUGUUUGGAAGUAGCUGGAAAGUAGAAGAUGAUGACCUGUUUUGCCACCAUGACUGCACAGGUGGCUGUCCUAGUUGUGAGGAGAGCCUGCAGCAGAAAUAUCGUAGUGAAGGCUUCUGCGGUCUCAUGGCCAAACCAGAUGGACCCUUUGCCAACUGCCAUGCCUCAAUCGACCCCAAGAUGUAUGUCAACAACUGCAUUUAUGAUGUGUGCAUUAACAAUGGCUAUCUCCUCUUCCUUUGCCAAGCUAUGAAGAGCUAUGCUGAGGCUUGUCAGAGAGCUGGGGCCAAGGUGUUAGACUGGAGAACACCAGCAAAUUGUCCCCUACCAUGCCCUGAAUACAGUCACUAUGAACUUUGUGGAAAUGCCUGCCCAGCAUCAUGUAGUGAACUUGACGCCCCUGCCAACUGCAAACUUCCCUGUGUGGAAACGUGCCAGUGUAACCAAGGGUACGUGCUGAGUGGUGGCAAAUGUGAGCCCAAAGAUAACUGCGGCUGUACCUACAAUGGACGUUAUCUUUCAUCAGGAGAAUCCUUCUUGACCGAUAAGUGUGACCAACAGUGCACCUGUGAUCCAAGCACUGCCAAGGUUAAGUGUGUCCCUUUUAAGUGCAAGAGCUCAGAACAGUGUGAUCUCCGGAAUGGAGUGAGAGGCUGCUUCCCUACUACUUACUCCAAAUGUGUGGCAUCUGGCGAUCCUCACUACAUCACCUUUGAUGGCAAGACCUAUGAUUUCCAGGGUACUUGUGUCUACCAAUUUUCCAAACUGAUUUCCACAGAUCCCACGCUCAUCCCCUUUGAAGUACAAAUCCAAAAUGAACACCGAGGCAAGAACAAGGCAGUGGCCUACACUAAACUCACUCUUAUCAACAUCCUUGACAAUCAGAUUAUAAUGAGCAAAGACAACCCUGAAAAAGUCAUGGUGAACAAUCUUUAUGUAACUCUUCCAUUCUACAUUGAACGAAACAGGGUCUCCAUUUUUAGGAGUGGUCAGUUUGCUGUGUUGCAGACCAACUUUGGUCUAAGAUUGACCUUUAAUUGGGAAGGUUACAUUGCUCUCACGCUGCCCAGCUCGUACUCCGGUGCUGUUGCUGGGCUUUGUGGAAAUCUUAAUGGUAACAAAGAUGACGAUCUAAUGAAACCAGACAAGACGCAAGCGAAAACCCCUGAUGAAUUUGGGAAGAGCUGGCUGGUGGAGGAGAUUCCUGGAUGCAUUCACACAUGUCAGGGCACAUGUCCCACUUGUGAUGUUAACAUGAAGCGCCAGUAUGAAUCAAAUGAUUAUUGUGGCAUCAUUAUAGACAAAGCCGGGCCUUUCAAGGACUGCCAUGCCAAGGUGGAUCCUAAGCUUUACUUUGACAACUGUGUCUAUGAUGUGUGUUUGUACAAAGGCCAGGCUGCUCCUCUCUGUCAGGCUCUCACUGCCUACACAGCUCUCUGCCAAGAUGCUGGUGCCAAGAUAUCUGCAUGGAGGACUGACAAAUUGUGUCCUCUAAACUGCAAGGCAAACAGCCACUACGAGGUGUGUGCCUCUGGAUGUCCCCUGACAUGUUAUGGCCUAACCUCACCACCAAGCUGCGAAGGCAUUCUCUGUAAAGAAGGAUGUGCCUGCAAUGAUGGGUUUGUACUCAGCGGAGGUGACUGUGUACCACUGACUAAUUGUGGCUGUGUUUACAAUGAGCAGUAUUACAAGGUCAACGAAGUCUUCUUCCCACAAGGUCUGUGCUUCCAAAGGUGUGUUUGCAACGUUGGUGGAAAUGUGAACUGUGAUGAGGGCUUUGACUGUGGGCCCCGAGAAAAGUGUGAAAUCCAAGAUGGUGUACAGGGCUGCCACCCAACAGGUACGGCCACCUGCUGGAUUUCCGGGAAUAGCCGUUUCCGGUCCUAUGACGGUCGUUCCUUCAACUUGCAAGGAGACUGCAGCUAUAGAAUUACAGAAGUCAGUCAAGCAAACAGUAAGCUCACAAAAUUCAGCAUUGUGAUGCACAGAGAAGCCAGUGGCAGCACAACAGCCAUCAAAGCUAUUGAGCUUCAAGUUUAUGACUAUACGCUGACUCUGCUCUCAAAAGUGAGAUGGCAGAUAUUGCUUGGUGGCAUUAAAGUAAAUCUUCCUCUUACCCUUGAAGACGGGAAAGUGAAAGUCUAUCAGAGUGGCUUUAAUAUAAUUGUAGAGACCAAGAUGGGUCUCAAGGUGAGCUUUGACAGUGCAUCCAGUGCUGUUUUCAACAUCCCAUCCACUUACUUCAGUGCACUUGGUGGUCUUUGUGGCAACUACAAUGAGGAUCAAAGCGAUGACUUCAAGCUGCCCAGUGGACAACAGGCACCAGAUGAAAGCAGCUUUACUGCUGGGUGGAAAGCCACUUCUGCUGCAGCCAAUUGCCAGACCAGCUGUGGCUCCAAAUGUCCUGGUAGUAAUGACUCAAAGAAGCCAGAUGCCAGCAAGGACACAGCCUGCGGUAUCCUGACACUAAAGACUGGCCCCUUCGCUUCUUGUCACUCCACAGUAUCUCCACAAGAAUACUUCAACAACUGCGUUAAAGAUAUGAUUACAGAUGGUGCAAGCAAUUCUGUUCUGUGUGACAACAUCCAGACAUAUGUACAAGCCUGCCAGAAUGCAGCAGUGACAAUAAGUGCAUGGAGAACAGACACAUUUUGCCCUGCUACAUGUCCAGCAAACAGUCACUAUGAGCUCUGUACGGAUACCUGCAGCACCACGUGCGCAUCGCUCUCUGCCUCUGUCCAGUGUUCAGUCUGCCGUGAGGGAUGCCAGUGCAAUGACGGCUUUGUUUUUGACGGGGAGUCCUGUGUCACCCUGGACAGCUGUGGAUGCCUUGUGAAUGGCAGAUACUACAAGUCUGGUGAAGCUGUGACCCAGAACUCCUGCAGUCAGCAGUGCACGUGUACCAAGGGUGUUCUUACCUGCGCGCCAUUGUCCUGCACGGCUAAUCAAGUCUGUGAAGUCAGGGACGGUGUCAUGGCUUGCUACUCCACAGAUCCUUGUUUUGCAGUAAAGUGCCGUGAGAAAGAAAACUGUGUUGCUUCUGGGAAGUCAGCCACUUGUGUACCAACAUCGAAAGCUUCCUGCUGGGCAGCAGGUGACCCCCACUACCAGACUUUCGACCAAGUUAAUUAUGACUUCCAGGGAACAUGCAGCUAUAUUUUAGCUCAGACAACUAAUACUGACCCCACCCUCACACCAUUCAGUGUGGUCAAUAAGAAUGAACUGCGUGGAAACUUCGAUGGUUCGUUUGUCAAGACAGUCACAGUCACUGUGUACGGCCACACAAUUGCAAUUGUCAGAGAUGAAAGAGGAAAAGUCAGGGUUGAUGGAAUAAUAACUAAUGUUCCUGUUAACAUAGACUCUGGAAAAAUUAUCAUCUCUCAGUCAGGAAUUAGAGCAGUCCUGGAGACUGACUUUGGACUUGUGAUCUCUUCUGAUUGGAAAACAAUGGUUUUAAUUACUGUAACCAGCAGUUAUUAUAACAGUGUGGUGGGUCUGUGUGGCAACUACAAUGAGAAAACAAAUGAUGACUACACAAUACAAGGGGGUGGCGUUACAACAAAUAUCAUCGACUGGGCCAAAUCCUGGAGCGUUCCAGAUCGCGAUCCAUUUUGCUGGCACUUCUGCAAGGGCUACUGUCCCACCUGUUCAGAUGAAAAUCAAGCAUUGUAUGGAGGCAAGAAUUUCUGUGGAGUUGUCAGCCAAAAAGAUGGUCCAUUCCAGCAGUGUCAUAGCAAAGUGUCUCCAGAUAUCUUCUUUGAUAACUGCUUGUAUGAUGUAUGCAUUAAUCAAGGGCGACAACCCAUUUUGUGCCAGUCCCUGGGGACAUAUGUUGCAUCUUGUCAGAAAGUUGGAGCUACAGUUUCCAAUGAGUGGAGAAAGAUUACUAACUGCCCUCUUGACUGUCCAGCAAACAGCCACUAUGAGUACUGUGGCAAUGCUUGCCCCGCCACAUGUACAGACCGAAAGGCCCCUGAUAACUGCCAGAAGCCAUGCACUGAGACCUGCCAGUGUAACGAUGGAUUUGUUCUGAGUGCUGGAGAGUGUGUACCAGUAAACAACUGUGGCUGCAACUAUAAUGGACGCUACUAUCAACCUGGGGAGACAUUUUGGGCUGAUGAUAAAUGCCAGCAGAGCUGCUCUUGUGAUGGAAGUACGCGCAAAGUCACAUGCCAACAGAAAGGCUGUAAGGACAAAGAGCAGUGCACUGUAGUCCAGGGAGUUCAAGACUGCUACCCAGUCAGCUACCAGACCUGUACAGCAAUGGGAGAUCCUCACUAUCGCACCUUUGAUGGCAAAACCUUUGACUUCCAGGGCACAUGUGUUUAUCGGUUGGCAGGGGUGUGCUCCAAAGACCCCAGCCUGAAAACCUUUGAUGUAACUGUGCAGAACAACAACAGAGGCAGUCGUCUUGUUGCAUUUACCAAGGUGGUGUCUGUGAAGGUGUAUGACACCACAUUUACUAUCAGUCAAGAAAUCAACGGAAAGAUCACGGUCAAUGGAAUUGUCACAUCCCUGCCCUUCUCUCAGGAAACCAACAAAGUGAUCGUAUACAGAAGUGGUAUUUCAGCCGUAUUAGAAACCAACUUUGGCCUCAAAGUGACUUUUGACUGGAAUCAAGUUGUCGCUGUCACCGUACCGAGCACCUACACCAAUGCAAUGUGUGGACUGUGCGGGAACUACAACGGAAACAAAGAUGAUGACUUGCAGUUAGCAGGUGGCCAGGCAGCACCCAAUCCUACAGCUUUUGGAGACAGUCACAAAGUACAGGAUGUUCCAGGCUGUGUUCCAGAAUGCACGACAUGCCCUAAACCAGUUAUUCCACCAGUCAAUCCUCCUUAUGUGGCCAACUGUGAUAUCAUUAAGGACAGUGCUGGCUCUUUGAAGGAUUGCAUGAACAAAGUUGACUAUGCCCAUUUCCAUGCCAGCUGUGUCUAUGACAUCCUCCUUUACCAAGGAUUGCAGAAGGCAGCCUGUGAUGCUAUCACUGCCUAUGUAGUAGCCUGCCAGGCAGCCGGGGGUAAAAUUGGCAACUGGAGGACAAACACGUUCUGUCCUCUUGCUUGUCCACAGAACAGUGAGUACCAAAAUUGUGCACCAGGCUGCCCAGCAACCUGCUACUCUAUGUCUUCACCUGCUGGUUGCAAUGCUGCUUGCAAAGAAGGGUGCCAGUGUAAAGAUGGAUUCCUUCUGAGCAAUGACCAAUGUGUGCCAAUAGGAGAAUGUGGCUGUAGCUACCAGCAACGGUACUAUGCCAACAAAGAAGAAUUUUAUCCUGGUGAUGCAUGCAGUCAGCGUUGUAAAUGCCAGGGUGGCAUGGUUACCUGCACAGAUGUCAAAUGUGGUCCACAGGAAAAAUGUUCAGUGGUCAAUGGUGUCCAAGGCUGCUUUCCUACAGGCAGUGCUACUUGCAUAUCUGCUGGAGACCCCCAUUACCAGACAUUUGAUAAACGCCGGUAUGACUUCCAGGGAACAUGUGAUUACACGCUGUCAGCUGUUACUGCCACAGGUUCUCAACUUGAGAAAUUCUCUGUGCAGUCGAACAAUGCACGCCUGGGUCUUGGAAAAGUCUCUGAAACCCGCUCGGUAACAGUGGAGGUCUAUGGGUACUCAAUCACCAUUGUGAAGAACCAGUCCUGGAAGGUUCAGAUGAAUGGAAUCCUGACAAACCUUCCUAUUACAGUGCAGGGAGGAAAAAUAACUGCUUCUCAAGUUGGAAGGUCAAUAGUUGUGCAGACUGACUUCGGCCUAAAAGUUAGCUAUGACCUGGUGAAUGCUGCUGCAAUAACCGUGCCAUCCACAUACAGUGGUCAAGUGGGUGGACUAUGUGGCAAUUAUAACGGUAACGCUGAUGAUGACCUCUCUCUACCUAAUGGUCAAGCUGCAAGUAAUGUCAAUGAUUUUGGAGUCGCCUGGAAAAUAGGUGGAAGCAGCGAGACCUGCGGCGAUGCUUGUCUGAAUGGAGGCUGUUCAGUACCUAGUGACAAAACAGUGGAAGAGUUGAAGAAGGAAGACAAAUGUGGCCUCAUUAGCUCCACCACUGGACCCCUGGCUGCCUGCCACUCCGUGCUGCCACCUGAUGGCUUCCUGAAAAACUGCAUCUAUGACAGCAAUGCUGCUGGAGGCAAGAUGGAAAUGGUAUGUGCAGGAAUUCAAGCCUAUGUACAUGCCUGCCAGGACGCUGGAGUAAUACUAAAGUCUUGGAGAAGUAACACCUUCUGCCCCAUGACAUGUCCCGCUAACAGCCACUAUGAUCUUUGUGCUGAUACAUGCCAAGCUAGCUGCAUGGCACUGUCCACCCCUCUGACCUGCAAGAACUGUUUGGAAGGCUGCGAGUGUGACGUCGGCUUUUUAGCUGAUGGAGACAAAUGCGUGUCUAUUGACUCCUGUGGCUGUGUGAUGGAUGGCAGAUAUUUAAAGAAUGGUGAGACGGUGUUUACAGAUCAAUGCACUAAGACAUGCUCAUGCAAAGCAGGCCAAGGAGUUGUGUGUCAGGCAACCAGCUGCUCCGCUGACAGCAUGUGCGAUGUGAGGAACGGUGCCUUGGGCUGCCAUCCAAGAGAGGUCUCCUGUAGCCUGAAAGAUGGCGUCAUCUCAACAUUUGAUGGAAUGAACACCCAAAUCGAAAUAAGUGGUGUCUUCGACUUGGCAUUGCUCGCAGAUGACAAGGCACAGCUUGAAGACUGGUUCAGAGUAGCAGCUGGCAUUAACAACUGCAAGACAAACUCUCUUAAUGUUGUUCAUUCUUUCUUCGGACAAAACUUCAUCACGGUGACCAGUACCAAUGAUGUCUGGGUGAAUGGCAAGCGUGCUGUUCUCCCUUACAAAGUUACUGAUAACAUUUCUGUAUCACUGAACAAUGGUGCUGUAGUGAUUAAGCAGACUGGGAAAGUGAGCCUGAAAAUCGGUGCUGCUGGGGAUCUGUCACUGACCAUACAGAGCAGUCUCUUCAGUCACCUGGCUGGCUUCUGUGGCAGUGCCAACAAUGACCUGAAUGAUGACAUGAGGACAAGGGAAGGAUAUCUAACCAGUGACCAAGUGGAGUUUAUCCAGUCUUGGACUGCACAGGAUUUUAUGCCCCAAUGUAAAGCAUAAAAGGUUACUGAAGAGAAGAAAGCAGUGGAAGAUUUGUGCCAACAUUAAAAAAUUAAAACAAGAUGCACAAUACAGGUUUUAAUUUACAGGAAACAGUUAACUGUGGCAAAAUUGCUAAAAUACUUAUAAAUAUAUUAAAAAAUACCUGGAACCAAGUCAAUGUUCAAAAUUAUAACUGACAAAAUCAAUACAAAGAAAAAGUAAAAAUCCUGUAUUUUUUCAUGACUUCACUUUUAAAUAAACUCUAAAAUUACAUUUUACGUCACAACAAAUUUGCAUGGUAACAUUAUUUAACAAUUACAAUUAAAUAAUACAUCUUUAUAUUUGCUGGAGGGAAAAAAUAGGGAUUUACAUUCUUUUGGUAAUCAUUUUAAUGCAGUUAUUCUACUUUUAAGUCACUUCCUUUAACUGACAUUUACUUGUAUGGAUUCUCUUCCAGUUGAUUAAUGUUACAGCUUCUCUUUCUUUCUAAAAUAAUGUAUUUUCCUUUUAUGUUUUUACCUGGCAUUUUAUCAGCAAAAGAUUUCUGAGGACAAUGUUAAUGAUGUUGCAUUCUCAGAAUAAAUCAUUGAUGUAAUCAAAAAA